UAUGUUAGUUGUUUUUCUGAAAAAUAAAAAUACGUUCUACUUGACUAACAUGAUUUGUGCUUUGAAAGUUAUCCAUGUAAUUAACAUUUAAUUCGUUUUUCUUUUUGUGAGCCAAAAUUGGCAAAUCAACUGAAUCUAAUUUGUUUUGAUAAAAUCUUCUGCCCGUAUGAAUUUUUAGAAAGUUCUAUUAAUAGCUGUCUCGUGACCACUGGUGUUUGUGUGUCAGUGCCCAGUGCAGCUGCUUCAGUUUUUCCUCAUCCAGUAUACAGUGAACUCACACCACGCACUCAAAAGAUCUGGAAGUUGUGUAUCACAUGCUUUGACUUUGCUAUUUCUUUAAAAUCAUUUUACAAAGUUUGAUUUACAGGUCUUUAAAUUCGCGAAUUCAAGAUGAGUGAUACUGAAAAUGCAUCAGAAAAGACUGCACUGAUUCGGAACUCCUAUGAGGAUUCAGAUUAUGAGGAAGAACUGGAGGGAUGCAGCGGAACGCCUCCUUGCAACCCAAGAUCAUGCCUCCACAGAUAUUUCCCAGUUCUUAUUUUCAUUUGUUUUUUGAGUUUUGGCAGCUAUUUUUGCUACGACAACCCAGCUGCUUUACAGGAUACAAUGAUUCGUGACCUUGACAUUGAUGAGGGCCAGUUUAUGGCCUUUUACUCUUUCUAUUCAUGGCCCAACGUAGUUUUGUGCAUGUUUGGUGGUUACCUCAUCGAUCGCUUGUUUGGAGUACGACUUGGAUCCAUCAUCUUCAGCUUGUUUGUUACUGUUGGGCAGGUCAUUUUUGCUUUGGGGUCACUCUUCAAUCUGUAUGGCCUUAUGUGCUUUGGAAGAUUUGUAUUUGGGAUUGGUGGAGAAUCUCUGGCUGUGGCUCAAAAUACUUUUGCGGUAAAGUGGUUUCAGGGAAAGGAGCUCAACAUGGUGUUUGGUUUGCAGCUUAGUUUCUCCAGAGUGGGCAGCACGGUGAACAUGAAUGUGAUGCAGCCGCUGUACAACUUGAUUGACGAGCACAUUCAUGGAUACAAAUGCCUUGGCAUUGCUCUGUUUAUUGGUGCUGGCACGUGUAUUUUCUCUCUAUUGAUUGCGUUUACCCUCGCCUUUUUCGACAAACGUGCUGACCGUAUUCUGAAGCGUCAGGCUAUCUCCUCAGAGGAGAUGAUCAAGUUCCGUGACAUCUUGACGUUUCCUAUGCCAACAUGGCUGAUCUCGGUGAUCUGUGUGGCUUACUAUGUGGCUGUGUUCCCUUUCAUCGGUCUUGGCCUGGUGUUCUUUGAGAUGAAAUUUGGUCUGAACCCCACAAGCGCCAAUGCCGUCAACAGCCUGGUGUACAUUAUCUCGGCUGGAGCCUCCCCGUUCUUUGGUUUCCUCAUCGACAGGAUUGGCAAGAACGUGUUCUGGGUCAUCAUCGGUAUCGUCAUCACACUGGGUUGUCACAUGAUGCUGGCCUUCACAUUUAUGAACCCUUACAUCCCUAUGGUGAUCAUGGGCUUGUCUUACUCCAUUUUGGCCAGUGCCUUGUGGCCAAUGGUUGCUCUCAUCAUCCCUGCUCACCAGCUGGGCACAGCUUAUGGCAUUAUGCAAGCCAUUCAGAAUCUUGGUCUGGCUGUCAUCUCACUGACCGCUGGCAUCAUUGUGGACAAAAGCGGGUACCUCAUCCUGGAAGUCUUCUUCAUGGCCUGGCUCUGCUUGGCUUUGAUAGCUGCUGUCCUCCUGUAUCUAGUGGAUGCUGCUAGAGGUGGAAAACUGAACUACUCUUCGAAAAAACGUAAUGCUCUGAAGGAAUUGGAGGAUGAAGAAAAACUGAAGGACAACUAAAGACAAGCUCAGCCCAGAGAAGCUCAGUAGGACGGGACUGAAUUCUGUAGUCUUUCAAUAAUAUGUAACAAUGCUGUGGGUACUGGAGUUUGCUCCAUGACUUGCUUGUGUAGGUUAGGAUGAAUGGCAUGAAUUUGGCAGGCAGCCUUAGCCGGUAGCUGUGUCUUUGGCAGCUGAUUCAAAAUCACCCAGUUAAGGUCACCGUGUUGAGUGCUAUACUUGUACU